AUGUUCGGCAGUGUGAUGCCUUCAGGUUCCCCGGGAAUGCGAGGAACGACUUUAUUCCUGACGUUGUGGGUUCGUGAAGGCACCACACCGAAACAGUACGACGUCCUGUUCAGGCUGCUGCUUCUCGGAGACUCGGGCGUUGGGAAGACGUGUAUGUUGAGGAGGUUCACGGAAGGUGAAUUUGAUCCCUCACAUAUUUCCACCAUCGGGGUGGACUUUAAAAUGAAAACAUUAGAAAUAGACGGAGUCAGGGUGCGAGUGCAGAUAUGGGACACCGCAGGUCAGGAGCGGUACCAGACCAUAACCAAACAGUACUACAGGCGAGCACAGGGUAUUAUCUUGGUUUACGACAUCACAAACCAGCAGUCCUUCCUGCACAUAUCCAAGUGGGCCAGUGAUGUAGAUGAAUGUGCUCCAGACAAAGUGCAGAGGAUGCUGAUAGGAAACAAGUGUGAUGAGGAGCCGAGGAGGCAGGUCGCCAAGGAGCAAGCAAGCAAGCUUGCCCAAAACUACAAAAUGGAUUUCUUUGAAACCAGUGCUUCAAGCAAUGUCAACAUCAGUGAGUCGUUCACCCGACUGACCGAACUGGUGCUGCAGGCUUACACGAAAGAGGCAGACAACCUGUUGUCAUCCCUAGAUGAAUAUUUAGACAAGGCUGCUUUAGGAGGAAGUAAGGACAACAUCGCCCACAGGGGCUGUGCCUGUUAGAGAAAACAAAAAGCCACAGCUGAUACUUUCUACAUGUGUUACUUCAACAUUCUGGUUUUUUAACUGCUACAGUGUUGGCUACAUGUCGGUUUUACAUGGUCGUACGUGCAGUGAGCGACUGCUACCAGCAGAGGGCCAAGUGGCUUCAUGCUCACCGAACUUUGAAAGCAGUGAAGCGUUUGUUGAAUAUUGCUGGAUUCUUAGAAAAUGCUGUUUUUGCACCAAAUAUUGGUUUUCUUUUUGCUUCAUAUUUGACUUUAAAUUUAGAAUUUACGAUUGAGCCUUUUUAUACUGAUGUUUACAGUGUAUUGUGGUACGUGGAGGUGUGUGUAGGACGAAGUUAAAUGAAUGAAACCAAAUAUUACAUUUUUCCAUUUUCUUUGUGCCAAGUCCAGUAACAUUUGUAACGCAGUCCAUAUUUAUUUCCCGCCCUGAGUGUACACGUCCACGCUGGUUUAAGAAUGUAAUUGACGUUGUUAGUUUGGUUUAGUUUUGGUUCAUCCACUGUAGAAGGGUUUUUUUGACAAUUAAAUUAAAAGCAAUGCAAUUAUUGUAAUCGACUUUAAAUUAUGAAAUAAAUAAAUUUGACUUUUAAAUGCGAUUGUUAUUCUUUGGUGGUCCGAGUCAUGC